GGGAGGAGGCGCUGCCGGCGCUCGCCCUCCGCCUCCCUCCAUCCCUGCAUCCUCCCCUGCUCGCCGUGCUGAGCCCCCAGCGCCCCGGGGAGCCGCCAUCCCCAGGGUGCCCAGAACCCUCCCAGCACCCCGCCGGGGCCUUCAGCCUCGGCUUCCUGCCUUCCUCCUCCUCCUCCGCCUCCUCCUCCUCCUCCCCCCACCCCGCAGCCACCACCCUCCCUCCCUCCCUCGCUCGCUCCCUCCCUCCUUCCCCGGGGCCUGCCUGGCAUGGAGCUGCUGGCCGCGGGGAGCAUCCCCGGUGCCCCGCACCCCCGAGCCCGCACCCCCCGUGCCCCGCAUCCCCCGGCGCAGCCCUGAGCCGCCUCCUUUGUGCGGCGGAGCGGCUGUGCGGGCUCCGGCCCCCACCCCGCACCCCCGGCUCGGGGGCGGCCCGCGGGCGAGCGGGAGGGAUGCUGCCCUGGCCGGAGGAGCCCAGCGCCGGAGCUCGGCGGCCAGAAGCAGCGCCCGGCACCGCUCGAUGCUGACUUCCCCUUCGGACUGCCACAUCCCCCUGUCCCCAGGCCAUGUCCCAGAGGAGCCCCUGUCCCUGUCCCUCUGGCAGCCCCGGGUGUCCCCGCAGCCCCAGGCCAUGAGUGGGCCCCGGCGGCGGGGAGCAGAGCUGCGGGAUGGCCUCGCUGGACCUGCCCUACCGCUGCCCGCGCUGCGGCGAGCACAAGCGCUUCCGCAGCCUGUCCUCGCUGCGUGCCCACCUGGAGUACAACCACACCUACGAGACCCUCUACGUGCUUUCCAAGACCAACAGCAUCUGCGACGCCGCCGUCUUCCCGCUGGCCGCCGACGCGGCCCUGCUGGCCCCGGCCGCCCGCAGGGACUACUUUGAGAGCACCUCGUUCCAGGGCAAGGACCAGCGCUUCUCCUGCGACCUGGUCCCCGCCGACGAGCUGGAGCCAGCGCCGCCGUCGUCGCCGCGCUAUGUGCACGAGAUCGAGAUCCCUCUGAGCGAGAUCUUCAGCCGCGGCAAGGCCGUGGCGCCCGCGCCCGGCCCGCCCGCCGCCGCCGACGCGGCCUAUGAGGAGGGCCUGGCCCGCCUCAAGAUCCGCGCCUUCGAGAAGCUGGAGGUGGACAAGAGGCUGGAGAAGCUGACGGAGGAGGUGGAGCAGAAGAUCGCCUCGCAGGUGGGCCGGCUGCAGGUGGAGCUGGACCGCAAGAGCUCGGAGCUGGAGAAGGCCAAGCAGGAGAGCCUGCGGCUGAGCCGGGAGAAGCAGGAGCUGGAGGACCGCGCCUCGGAGCUGUCCCGCCAGGUGGACGUCAGCGUGGAGAUGCUGGCCUCCCUCAAGCAGGACCUGGUGCAGAAGGAGCAGGAGCUCACCCGGAAGCAGCAGGAGGUGCUGCAGAUCGAUCAGUUCCUGAAGGAGACGGCGGCGCGGGAGGCCAACGCCAAGGUGCGGCUGCAGCACUUCAUCGAGGAGCUGCUGGACCGCGCCGACCGCGCCGAGAAGCAGCUGCAGAUCAUCAGCAGCAGCUGCGGCACCACCCCCAACGGCAGCCUGGGCCGCUGCGGCACCCCGGCCAGCAAGGCCAUCGCCCGAGCGGGACCUCUGCGGGCACAGAGAGAGCGGCACCCGGGCCCAGCGGUAGCCAUGCACGGUCCCUACGGCGGCGUGGCCAACCAGCGCUCCUCCUCCAGCACCGGGGCCUCGAGCCGGGCCAAGGCGGUGUCGCAGAGCUCGGGCUGCUACGACAGCGACAGUGCAGAGCCGUGUCCCACGGACGACACGGCCGAGGGCCCCCCGUACCCGGCCCGGGAGGCGCGGGGCUCGGGGCUGCGGCGCCAGGCCAUCCAGAACUGGCACCGCCGGCCCUACCGCAACAGCACCGAGGGCGAGGAGGGCGACGUGUCCGACGUGGGUUCCCGCACCACCGAGUCCGAGGCUGAGGCCUGGGAGCCCGAGGGACCGGGAUCCGCCGCGGCCCGACCGCCCGGAGGCUGCCGCCUGACCGUGGCCACGGAUGCCGUGUGUCCCACGGGCAGGCCCGAGGGCGCCGGGGGCAAGGUGUGCCGGCUGGAGCGGGGCAGCCCAGGCCACUGCAGCGAGGUGAUCAGCCCCGAGAUCCUCAAGAUGAGGGCGGCUCUCUUCUGCAUCUUCACCUACCUGGACACCAAGACGCUGCUGCGCGCCGCCGAGGUGUGCAAGGACUGGAAGUUCGUGGCCCGGCACCCAGCUGUGUGGACACGGGUGCUGCUGGAGAACGCCAGGGUCUCCUCCAAGUUCCUGGCCAUGCUGUCCCAGUGGUGCACCCAGAUGCAUUCCCUCACCCUCCAAAACCUGAAGCCACGACAGCGGGGCAAGAAGGAGAGCAAGGAGGAUUAUAUGAAGAGCACACGGGGCUGCCUGGAAGCGGGGCUGGAGUCGCUGCUCAAGGCCACGGGCAGCAACCUGCUGAUCCUGCGCAUCUCGCACUGCCCCAACGUGCUGACCGACCGCUCGCUCUGGCUGGCCAGCUGCUACUGCCGCGCCCUGCAGGCCGUCACCUACCGGAGCUCCACGGACCCUGUGGGCCAUGAGGUGAUCUGGGCCUUGGGAGCAGGCUGCAGGGACAUCAUCUCCCUGCAGGUCGCACCUCUGCAUCCCUGCCAGCAGCCCACCCGCUUCAGCAACCGCUGCCUGCAGAUGAUCGGGCGCUGCUGGCCCCACCUGCGCGCGCUCGGCGUCGGCGGCGCCGGCUGCGGCCUGCAGGGACUGGCAUCCCUAGCCCGGAACUGCAUGAGGCUGCAGGUGCUGGAGCUGGACCACGUGGCCGAGAUCAACCAGGAGGUGGCAGCUGAGGUGUGCCGGGAGGGGCUCAAGGGGCUGGAGAUGCUGGUACUCACCUCCACGCCGGUGACCCCCAAGGCCCUGCUGCACUUCAACAGUGUGUGCAGGAACCUGAAAUCCAUCGUGGUGCAGGUGGGCAUUGUGGACUACUUCAAGGAGCCCCACAGCCCUGAGGCCAGGAAGAUGUUUGAGGAGAUGGUGAACAAACUGCAGGCCCUGAGGAAAAGGCCUGGCUUCUCCAAGAUCUUACACAUCAAGGUGGAAGGAGGCUGUUAGCCCUUCAGGGAGCCCAAAGCACAUUCCCUGCUCUGCCCAGAGCCCCGAGGGGCCCGACGGGGACCCCCGAUUGGGCACCAGGAACCCCAAACUCCCGCAGCCUUUGGGGCCACCCCGGGUGACAAGGUGCUACUCAAGGACAAGUUUUGGCUGUCACCAGAGCCAGGGCCUGCUCUUUGCCAGGAGGAGGAUGGUUUUGCAGCCCUGCAGCUGCUCCUCACCCAGGAUCCGUGUUUGGGGACAGCUUUUCUGCUGAACUCUGCUUUGGGGAUCCCUGACCCCAUUCUGGGGCUGGGCUGGCCACUGCAGCCCCGGGUGCUGGACCUGGGCUGGGAAGGGGCUGCUCCUCCCCCAGCAUUGCCCAGGGUUUCUGCUCCUUUUCCUUUGGGAUUUGGCACAGGGGCACCUGAACCCAGGAAAUGCUCCCAGGAACCAGCAGAGCACAAGGCCAGGAGCAGAGCUGCACCUCGGGCAGCCACAGGGCACAGGAGAGAUGGGUGCUCCUCCAGAGGGCUCCAGCCUCACCUCCUCUCCUCCAAACCCUCCUGCCAAGGCAAUAAACCAUCUCCAGAUCCUCAUCCACCAGGAAACAAGGGUCACACUCCUGUCCCCACCAUCCCCAGACUCCAUCUGGGGUCAGGGUCCCAUGUGGAGAGAGAGACUGUCACAGGACACCCACGUUUGCCUUCCCAAGCAGCCUGAAGGAGAAACCCUGGCCAGAAUAUCCUGAAAUGACCCUGGGAAAAGCACCAACCAACAGCCCUGGCUGACCCUUAUCUACAGCCGCCAUUUUCUAAAUCUGAUUUUUCUUCUGAGUGCCCUCAGCCUGCAAGGACAUCAUCGUCAUCCCCAGAACAUCCUUUUUCCAUGGGAAAAGGCUUUGGAAAGGCAUCCAGCAGGGUCAGGUAUCUCCAUCCUCCACCCUGGGGAGAAGGUUCCAGGAGGUGGCCCUGGGGCUGGGGACACCACCAGAGCACUGCCAGCAGUGGGGACAGCCCAGCCUUACCCACAGCCCCAGCCCCUGUCCUUGGGCUGAGCAGAGGAAGAGACUGGGACAGUGGAUCUGGGCUUUUCCCUCUUCUCUGGACCAGCCCUGGAGGUUUUGGUGCCUGCUGGCCAGCGUGGCUGGGAGGGGACACUCCCAGAGCCUGUCCCCUGCCCAGCCCUCACGCGGAGCAUCCCCCAGGAGGGACUGGCUGCUGAUCCAGCACCACAUCCCUCAGCCAUGGCACAAGAGCUGCUGACCUCAGCUGGGGCUGCCACACAGCCUGUGGGGAUCCCCAGAGCAAGGAGAAUCACCCCAAAUCACCGAGGCUGGUGGGGCUGGAGGCAGCUUGAGAGCUUUCAGCUUCCCCCCAUCCCACCUGUGCUCUCUGCUCUGAAGCAGGGUGGGGUUUUGUGGCCACAGCCCCGUGGGAAUCAGCCCUGCUCCCCCUCCCAUGCAGCUUUCCAGGAGAAGGCUGUUCCUGAAUGCACAAAAUGUGGGAGCCCAAAAACACCUGUGAGAAGCUCCUGCACCCCCAGGUCCCACAGAUGAGCUCCUGACUCCCUGCCAUGCCCACCAUGGGUUUACCUCCACCCUGGGGAGCCUGGCACACUCCUAACCCCGGGGCAAGGGGUGCUCCAACCAGCAAAAACCACCCAGCAGAGCUACAACCCCCAGGGGCAGGAGCAUGGCCCAGUGGAGAUGGCAGCACCACAGCACAGGGACUCGUGGAAUUCCCUUAAAAACAAAAACAAAACAAAGUACCUAUUUAUUUCUAUAAAGAGAAGAAGCAAAAAAAAAAAAAAAAAAGAUUUUAAAGGAAAAUUAUAUACUCAGCAUGUUUAUACACUCUAUGCUUAAAGACUCUUGUGGCCCAGAUAUGUGCCCAAGCCUGGAGGUGGCUGCUCUGGUGUGCCUGGAGCCUCUCCUGGCUCCUGGGCCAUGGGGAAGGUGAGGAUGAGGAGAUGGAGAGAGGGGAGGUGUGAAGACUCUCAGAGAAACCUUCUGUGCCAGAAGAAGGGGUCAGUGGCUGCAUGUGUGGUGACAUUGGUGACCCUGUGACAUCCCCAUCCCUGCGCUGCCCACGGGGCUUUGGAGGCACAGCAGAACUCUCUCCUGGAUUCCUGGUGCAUCCAUCCCCAGGAGCUCUCCUGGAUUCCUGGUGCAUCCAUCCCGAGGAGCCUCUCCUGGAUUCCUGGUGCAUCCAUCCCCAGGAGCCUCUCCUGGAUCCUUUGUGCAUCCCCAGGAGCCUCUCCUGCAUUCCUGAUGCAUCUCCAGGAGCCUCUCCUGGAUCUUUUGUGCAUCCCCAGGAGCCUCUCCUGGAUUCCUGGUGCAUCCAUCCCCAGGAGCAGAUCAAACCCUCACCUCUGCUCGGGGCAUUCCUGAAAAACCCAGCUCAGCAAAGCCACGUUUUUACACAAAUCCUCUGAUGACACAAGACCUUGAGCGGGUUCAAGGAUGAGAAGAUGGAAAGUGGGGGUUUCUCCCUGUUUUACUUGGGCUCGAGUGGAUCCCUGCCUCCUCCUCCUCCUCGGCUGGGGAUGAAGGCGGCUGGCACAGUGACAGGAGCGGUGGGAAGGAGGGCCCUCCUGAUGGCCCCUAAUUGCCCAUCUUGUUAACGAGCUCAUUAACAGCUCUGAAAUGUCAGACGGAUCCUGCCCCUGCUGCUUCCCCUGCCCUGUCCCGCAGGGUUCCCUGCGGGAGGCUCCGGCCACGCUGGCCCUGGUCCUGGAUUCACCCUGGAUUCACCCUGAAUUCAGCCCUGGAUUUACCCUGGAUUCACCCUGGAUUCACCGGAGCUUCAGCCCCAUUUCCUCUGGAAGUGAUUGGAAACACCCAGAAAUGCCGAAUUUCCUGGGAAAGCCUUCAAGGCACACAGCACGUUCAGCUCAGCCCCUGAGAAGUACCAGGGGGGCUCUGCGAUGACAAUCCCAGUGAAAUCCAGGGAUCUGGGGACAGGAUUGGGGGCACAGCCAUGGUCAGAGCUGGCAGGGGCUGGAUGGACUGUGGUUCUGAGCCUGGCUCCUUCUGGACCAGUUCUGGGGAGAUUUAUUCCUUUUCUAAUGGUUUUCCCAAAGUUUCCCCAUGGCUGACAUUGCCAGCAUUCCCCUUCCCCUGAGUUUGAGUGCUGGUCAGGGAUUUCAGGAGGAACAACAUCACCAAAGGCAGCUCGGGGACCAAAGCCACCCCAGAUCCCUGGGUUUGUGUCCCCCUGGGUUGGGUUUCACUCGUUCCCAUCACUCCCAGCCCCAGGGAUGCUCUGGGGACCAGGGCCCUCCCCUGCCUUGUCCCUGUGCCUUGGGGCUCCAGGUUGUCAGGGACAGGGGAAAAGGGACCCCCAGGCUGGCUCUGCCCCACCAGGGUUUUAAACCUCUCUGUCCCUGUUCCUGCCGUGUGUCCUGCUGCCACCAAGGGCAUGGCCACAGCAGGGGCUGGUCUGGAUCCCCCAGAAGAGCCUGGAUUUAGGGAAAACAGAACAAAAACAAAACAGGAGAAGUGUUGGUAAUGGCUCCUGAAGUGGUUAAUAGAUGUUUUCUUUCAGCUUUUAAGGGAGGCCCCAGCCCAGGAGCUGGAGCACUGCUUCAGCCUCAUUUUGGGGUGAGAAACAGCAGGUUGGGGUGGAGCAAAAGCAUUUGGGAAUUGGUGCCAAAUGAGAAAGUGCUUUAAAAGGGAAAAAAUCCCAGGGAGCAGGGAGAUGCUGGGAAGCAGAGAUGGUUUGUUGUGAAGCAUUACAGGGUAUUGUGAGGCGGUGAUGGACCUUCCCCAGUCAGUGGGAGGCAAAAUAAUCCCUGGGGAGGGUGGGAGAGCACUGAGGGAAAGCUGCUGCAGCAGCAAGGAGGGAAAACUGCCCAAAAGCAAGGAAAAAAAAGGGAUUUUCUAAUGCAGCCUCGGGAUUGAGCCUGUGGAGGCCAAAGAGGCAGGUUGGGGCCGGGGACAAGUGGGUGCAAUGGUGUGGGGCAGUUUGUGGGAAGCGAGGGGGUGAUGCACAGUUGCUUCGAGAUAAUCAGAGGAGAUAAUCAGUGCAGAGAACAGAGCUAUAGAAAUCAGGAACUGGAAUCAUUCCCUACAGCCCUGGACGGCAGCGGUGUACAGCGACCUCCCCUCCCCAGAGCUUCCCCUGCCCUCCCUCCCAAGUUAUUUUUUUAACUCUCUAUAAAUUUAGGUCUAUUUUAGUCUUUCUGCAGCGAUGUGCCAGUGUCUGGAGAACCAAACAUCCCUUGCUGCCCCCACCCCGUGGUCCCUGGAUGCUAACCCGGGCGUGGUGGGAGCUGUGCCAGGGCAGGGCAGGGCUGGGCAGCAGGGCCAGCUCCGGCCGGCAGCCCGCGGGUUUAGCACUUUGGUUGGAACUCUCACCUGUAGACGCACUUUGAUGUUGUUGCUUUGAAACUUUGGCAAGUGUAAACAAUGUGUAUUUAAAGAAUUACAGAGAAACGACCCCCAGCCAAGCGUGUAAAGAGCUAUUUUAUGACUCGGUGUUGAAUAAAGACUCUGGAGAUCGA